CGGCUAAUUACGGCGUGGGUGAGUGCGUCUCUUUCUUGUUCCUGCUCAGGUGUGAGGGACAGAAACCGUCAGGGAUGAAUCUCUACAGGAGCUUUGGAAACCUCAUGGAGGCCUGGGUGAAUGAAGGAGGCACGUACCCAGGCUCUCCUACACCGUCCUCUGACACUGGACCAAACUUCCGCUCAGAAUCGGUGGACUCUGGAGUGGAGACGGCCAGCACGGACACAUCCUUUCCUGCUUCGCCCUCCACCACCUCAGCAGAUAAUGCAGAGAUAGAUGCCUUCAUGCCAGAAAGGAUGGGACUCACUCCGGCCUCCACUUCACUGUCUCCUGUGCUGUCCUGUCCUGUGCCCUCCUCCUUCUCCUCUUCGUCCCCGAGCCUCUGUCCCAGCAAAUCUCUGAACGGCUCCAGUGCCUUGCAUUCGAGAGUGGAGCAAGCGCUGCAGAGGACUGACUCCAAAAAUCAGAAGGACAACUCAGAGCUCCUCACGGUGGAGGUGGUGCUCAGGAGACAGCCCAGAGCAUCUUCCAUGGACAAACUGCACUCAACAGGAUUCGUGAGAGGUCAAAGGUCAGAUAGCUUUGGGCCAGGGAGGACACUCAACCACUCUGCGUCCCUCCGACAGAUGUCAGAGAAUUGCAGACGGCCGAUGUCUUUGAGGUGGGACAAGCUGAAACCAGAGGAGCUCGGUGAGGAGGACAUGACGGGCCUGAGUCCUGGGCUCUGCUACCUGGAGCAGGUUUGCCAAAUGCUGGAGAACAUCGCCAGACAGAAGAUUCAGAAUCGAGCAUUGCGGAUGGAGAUGGACGCCCUGCGGGAACUUAAAGACGUGCAGGCUCCUGACAGCUGUCAACCUGACUGUCAAGAUGCUGAGGAGGAUGGACAUGUAGAAAGCGAAGAACCCAGUUUCAGUGAAGCCCAGCAGGUUAAGAGGAACUCUUAUGGACAUUUUCGACAGAGAUCUGCUUCAGACACAAUGCUUACAACGCUGCAUUUAAGACAGAUAAAAUCUGACUGCAGGGGGCAGCAUCUGAGCACAGAUGUCCUGCAGGAGAGGCUAGAAGAAGAGCAUCCACAGGAGGAGUCUACAAAAGAGGAGAGCAAUAGAACUAACAAGAACUGGAGGACCAAAUUCUCAUCUUUCAGAAGAGAGGAGCCUUUUCUGAGAGAAAUGAAGGGCCAGCAGAUGCAGUCAUCUGAGAAAAACUCGGCCCGAAGACGGCUCAGCAUGUUGUUCAGGAAGAGGAGGAAGCCUCUGCCUGUUUUUAACGAAACACAGAGUCAGACGUGAUGUUUGGACCUGUUGGUUCUGGUUCUGCCGUGGAACGAGAUGCUUUGAGCACGAUCACUCAUUUCACCUACUUCCUGUUUGGCCCAUGUGAUGUAGCAAUCUGCCAUGUUAAUUUAUUGCCCACUAGGCAUUUACGCUGUAUACCUGCCUUCAUUUUUACUCUGAAAAAUUGUUAUUUUGUGCAACUCAGAAUAAAAUAAAUGUAUACUUUUUGCAUCAUGUACAUAAGAUGUUAAUAAUCCAUAAAUAUAAAUUUAAAUGUAUAAUAAAUGUUAUUUUUGUUAGAAAAAUGUCUUUAUUUGCGUCCUCGUUGGGUGUUGCUGGUAAAUUAUUGGAUUAAUUAAUUGUUUCCAGUUUGGAGAAAAUUUAGGGAGGAAAUUAAAAGAUGUUUAGCUGCUUUUGUCUGAAGGUAAACAUGUGUGUUUAUAACAUGUAUAACCCCUUCACGUUUAAUAUAAAACAUGAAAAUGUUAAUUUGUGAAGAAUUAAAACCAAUUCAGAAAAUA